GUAUCAUCACAUACAAAGCUUCCUUUGCAAUUAAUCAUGGCUUCAAAUUCAUUAUCCACUAAUGGCCGUGAAGAAGCAAAUAACAUCUUUGAAGGUCAAGUUCAUUUGUACAAACACCUUUUUGCCUUCUUUGACUCUCUUUGCCUUAAGUGGUGUGUUGACCAAAGCAUACCAAACAUAAUCCACAGCCACGGUCAACCUAUGACUCUUCAUGAGUUGGUGUCAAAGUUACAAGUUCCAACGGCUAAGAUUAGUGGUGUGCAUCGCUUAAUGCGUUAUCUUGCACACAUUGGAUUCUUUGAAGUAGUUAGAAUCCAAGAAAAUCAAGAAGAAAAGGAAGCAUAUGCUCUCACUAAUUCAUCGGAGCUUCUUGUUCGAGGCACCAACCAUUGUUUAUCUUCUAUGGUUGACUUUGUUCUUGACCCCUCUAUUUUAACAUCGAACCACCACUUGGGGAAGUGGAUUCAUGAUGAUGGAGAUCAACCACCAUUUGCCUUGGCCUUAGGAACAGGAAUUUGGGACUUUCUUAGCAAGAGUCCUACACAUAUGACAUCCUUCAAUGAUGCAACUGCUAGUGACUCUCAAAUCAUAAACCUGGCAUUGAAAGAUCAUGGUGUUAUCUUUGAAGGGUUGGAAUCAAUUGUAGAUGUUGCUGGAGGAACUGGAAUGGUAGCCAAGUAUAUCUCUCACACAUUUCCACAUUUGAAAUGCAUAGUUUUUGACCUUCCACAGGUUGUAGAAAAUCUUAAGGGAACCAAUAAUUUGAGUUAUGUUGGUGGGGACAUGUUUCAAUCUAUCCCUAAGGCUGAUGCAGUUUUACUUAAGUGGAUUUUACAUGAUUGGGGUGACGAUGAUUGCAUGAAGAUAUUGAACAAGUGCAAAGAUGCAAUUUCAAAUAAUAAGAAAAGAGGAAAAAUAAUUAUCAUAGAUAUUGUUAUAGACGAUGGAAAGCAAGAUCACCCUGAUAUUACUCAAGCAAAACUUCAGAUGGAUUUAACUGUCACAACAUAUUAUAAUGGAAAAGAGAGAACUACACAAGAAUGGAAGAAACUUUUUACAGAGGCAAAUUGUCAAGAUUACAAAAUUUCACCUUUAACAGGAUAUAUGUCUCUUAUCGAGGUUUAUCCCUGAAUAUGUAAUUUUAUGAUCCAUCUUUAUUAUAAUAGUGUAAUUUUCAUCUCAUGAACAAAAUAAUAUUUUUCUC